AUGUCAGAUAGGGUUACCAGUUUCACAUCUGAGGAAUUUCAAACCUUUACGAGUGAGAAUAACAUUAUUCAUAUCAAGGUUUUAACAGCAUCCCCGAAGGCUAACGGCCAAGUAGAAAAAGUAAACCGCGUGUUAGGUCCUGUGUUGGCGAAAUUAACAGAACCAUCGAAUGGUAUUUAUUGGUACAAAUUUAUAUCAGAGGCCGAGCUUGCUUUAAAUAACACUAUUCAUAAAUCUACGAAAAAAACACCAAGCAAGCUACUUUUCAGUAUUAAUCAAAGAGGCAAAGACAUUGAUACGAUUGGUGAAUUUUUAGAGCAAGCUAGGUCCGAAACAGAAGUAAGCGAUUUACAAGAACUUAAAUCAAAAGCGAAAAAUAAGAUCGGGAAGAUACAAAAAUGUUCCAAUGAAUUGCGUCGAAAUUCAUUGAAUGACUGUUCAAAAUCGACUGAAAACAAAGGAGAACGAUCGAGUUAUAAUCGGGAAUAUAAUUCAGCAGAACGAGAGCGCGAUAACGUGUGCGAAAGUUUGACAGAAAACAAUUCAGAAACAACUGAGAAAUACCGAGAUAGUAACGAAUCGUUACAAGAUUCAGUAGCAGAUGAUGACGUCAUUCUGAACGAUAAUACAUCAAAACAUGCUUCCAAUUAUGAAAAAACUCGGAACACUACAUCUGAAAAAAAAGAUAGCAUCCCUCUCAAUGAAAUUAUCUUAAGUGACGAUCCAGUCAAAUGGGUGGUAAGUGAUUUCGUUCGAGAUCAUGUAGCUGUACAUGGAUACAAACAAAAUAUGAACCUCAAUUUUGAGAGUUCAAAAAGAAAAUAUGAUGGAGUCUCAAGAUAUCUAUCGCGAGGAUUGUUGACAAGGAAACUUCGCAAUGGAGAAGAAAUAUUUCGCUCUUGGCUCGUUUCUUCAGAAUCGCAAGGUUCCGUUUUUUGUGUACCAUGCCUUCUAUUUGAUCUUGAUUGUUCUUUUAAUGGAAGGAACGGUUUCAAUGACUGGAAACACGCGGGUUCUAGUGUUUCUGAUCAUGAAAAUUCUCGCUGCCAUACAGAAAAUGUCUUUAAGCUAAAGCAAUUAGCUAACACUCAAAACAGAAUCGAUAGCAAUUUAACUUCUCAAUUUGAGGGGGAGAUUUCCUAUAGGAAAAGUGUUUUACGUAGAGUUGUUUCAGCUACAAAAACUUUAGCUUCGCGUGGUCUUGCGUUUCGGGGUAGCGAUGAAACAUUAGGCUCACCAGAUAAUGGCAACUUUCUAAUGCUGAUCGAAUUUCUCGCGGAAUUUGAUCCUUUUAUGAAGGAUCACAUCAGGAAGUUUGGCAACAAGGGCUCUGGUAGAACUAGUUAUUUAACUAAAGCAACGUAUGAAGAAUUUCUUGCGUUGAUGGCGGAAGCGUUGUCCAAAACUAUAAUUGAAGAAAUUAAAAAAGCGAAAUAUUAUGCAAUAAUAGUAGAUUCAACACCUGAUGUAUCACACGUAGACCAACUUGCCUUCGUAAUUAGAUAUGUCACUGACGAUGGUGAUCCGGUAGAACGUUUUUUGUUAUUCGUUAAGAAUCCCGGGCAUAAGGGGCAUGAAUUGGCAGAUGCAGUGGUUUCUACUUUGGAGGCUUUCGGCCUGAAAGUUAUUGACUGCAGAGGUCAAUCUUACGAUAACGCCAGCAAUUGUUAUUAG